CGUCAUAGGCUUCACCUCACACAUAGAACCAAUCAUGCGCCCUCUUUUUUGGCUUUGCGUGCAGCAUCACAGCAUUCUUUACAGCCAUUAGCUACCGAAAGAAAACGAAAAGUAACGAGGGUUGAUGCUCAUUGCAGUUUUGGUGAGUGUGACCAGGGAAAGAGACAAGAUGGCGUCAUUGCAGCGCGUCCUCCAACGUGGCACGUUACAAAGAGUGUCAGUGGUGCGGCGAUUAUUAGCUAGUGCUGCCGUCCAUCGUCCGCCCCUGUUGCUCUGCUUCCGCCAGCUCCCCGUGCAUCGUGAUGGCUGGCAGCGAUUCUCCACGUCGUCGCCCAGCUUGGCAGCACAGCAGCCAAAACCCCAGCCUUCCGCGGCGGGAACGCAAUCCAGCUCUUCCCCUCAAGCACCGUCAGAUCAACAGGAGACCGUCGAGGAGGUAGACCCUUUGCAGGACAAGUCCAUCGGCCUCGUUCAGAGGUUCAAGAAGACCUUCAAACAGUAUGGCAAGGUGAUGAUCCCUGUGCAUCUCCUCACGUCCUCCAUGUGGUUUGGAACCUUCUACUAUGCUGCUAUGAAAGGAGUAAAUGUGAUUCCGUUCCUGAAUCUGAUCGGAGUACCAGAAUCCCUUGUUGAACUUUUGAAAGAAUCUUCCAGUGGUUAUGCUCUGACUGCUUACGCCAUGUACAAGAUUGCCACGCCUGCCAGAUACACGGUGACUUUGGGCGGCACGUCUCUGUCUGUGCAGUACCUUCGAAAGCACGGAUACUUGUCCACCCCGCCGCCAGUCAAAGACUACAUCCAGGACAAGAUGGAGGAGACCAAGGAGAAACUGUCAGAAAAGAUGGAGGAGACCAAGGAGAGGUUUUCGGAGAAAAUGGAAGUAACCAAGGAGCGCUUUUCUGAGAAGAUGGAGGAGACUAAGGACAAGCUGUCAGAGAAGAUACAGGAAACCAAAGACAGAGUAUCGGACAGAAAAUCAUUUUUCAGUAAAAAAAAUGAUUAAAAGUAGUAAUUAGGUGGCGCCUAAUGAACGAUGCGUUUCAGGUGUAACAAGGCGAGUGAUUUGGCGACACCUCUCAGUCUGGUAAGUCUUUGUCCUGAAAUUUCACCCACUUCUGGCUCUUUACAAAUUAAUGUACUAAUUGUCCGCACACUAUUGUGCCACACACACUGUACACUUAUACGCUACUUGUAGCUUCCCUGUAGCUCCGCCUCCUCACUUCACAUCACCCCAUCCCAAUGUGGACUCUGCCAGACCAACAAUGUCUGAUCUCGGUGUCGGUUCGGACAUUCUGUUCCGACAUUUUGUUAGCACGUGCUCAUGCAUGUUUGUGGCCCCGCAAACCAAGAGAAACAUGAAACAGACAGUGGGUGCUCUGCACAAAAACAACUUGAAGCUAACGAUCAUACAACAGCACGUAUGUGCGGACCCCUCGGGCCUUUCUGAAGGCUGGCUAUCACCUUGUGUCUUCUGUAACGUCCACCUGAAAAUAUCACUUUUUCUAAUGUAUUUUUAUCUGUUAGCCAAAGCUAAUUUAAGCCAGUGGGGCUCGCACCUGAUGUAUUUAACAGAAAGUGAUGAUCUAAUAAUAGUUGCACUCAUUGCCAUGAUGUGUUGACGUCAACAUGCAUCGACAGCCAUCUUGGAAUAGAAACGCCUGUUGAUGGGGCGCUACAGAUCAAUAAACCAAGGAGUGAAUC